AUGCCGGAAACUACCAACUUAGGUGCAACAGAACGCUCUCCCCUUCUGAGCAAUACUCCAGAUCAAGCGGAACGUCCCGCACCCAAGAGCCAUGGCUCAGCUCAGAACGGAUCAGCAAGCGAUGUCGAGUCGAACCAGCAAACGGAAAAUCCGGAAGACCCGAUUAUCGUGCAAGGGAGGAAAACGGUCAAAUCUUUCUUACCCAUUCUCGGCGUCGGCAUCUUCUUAGCCUUCCUGGACCAGUCCAUUGUCGCUGCCAUCAAUGGAGAAAUUGGUAGUGAUUUGCACGCGCUCAGAAACGUCUCCUGGAUCGCUACCGCCUAUUUCCUCACCAUGACAGCUUCCCAGCCACUCUAUGGCAAACUCAGCGACGUGUUUGGGCGGAAGCCAUGCCUCCUAUUUGCCUACGCCAUGUUUGGCCUCGGAAGCCUUGGCUGCGCUGUCACAAGGAACAUGGAAGGCUUGAUUGCUGCCAGGGCAGUUCAAGGGAUCGGAGGAGGAGGCAUGUUGAUCAUAGUCACCGUUCUUCUCUCCGACUUCAUCUCGCUGCGGGAAAGAGGCACAUAUCAAGCCUACUGCAAUCUUAUUGGAGCAGUCGGCUCAACUUCUGGUGGCCCUAUUGGAGGGCUUUUUGUACAAAGUAUUGGCUGGAGAUGGGCCUUUCUUAUCCAGGUGCUUCUGUGCCUGAUUGCAAUCGUCUCUGUCGGCCUAUUGCUUCAUCUUCCGAAACGGCAAUCUGAAACACCAUGGAGAAAGCAACUUCCUCGCAUCGAUAUCCUUGGUGCCUUGCUCCUAAUUUUGACCAUCUUCGGCAUAUUGUUCGGCCUUGAUCGAGGCAGCAAUGUUUCUUGGCGCAGUCCCCUGACCAUAGGAUCGCUAUGCGCCGUAGUACCUUUGUCAAUCGCAUUCCUAGGAGUUGAAACCCGUUUCGCCGUCGAGCCAUUCACGCCCGGCCAUAUCAUCUUUGACAAAGCUCUCUUUGCAUGCUAUACACAGAACUUUUUUGGAUACGCGGCUUUCACCGCACUGAUAUUUUAUUUACCCUUAUUCUUCCAAGUCAUUCUGGAAAUGACGCCCGCCCAGGCCGGGGCGAGCCUUAUCCCAGCAGCAAUUUCUGCUGUUGUCGGAACGCUCCUCGGCGGAAUAAUCUUGAAGAGGACAGGAAAAUUCUAUUGGCUCGCUGUACUGGCGAUGACAGCGGCUACUCUUGGAUCUAUACCUAUCGUGGUGGCGCCUUCACUCGAUGGCGGUUCACUUGCAAGCAUCUACGUUGGAUCCAUUAUCAGUUUCGUGCCACAAGGUGUAACUGUGACAGCUUCUCUCAUCGCGAUUAUAUCCAAUGUCUCAGCAGCCGAUCAAGCCGUAGCCACAGCAUGCUCCUUCCUCUUCCGAUCUCUUGGCGCAGCUGUCGGUGUCUCCUUGGUCGGCACACUGAUUCAAAAUGUCUUACGGAUGAGGCUUCGUGCCUCCCUUGAACCUCAAGAGGCCGAUGAGAUAAUUGGAGGUAUCGCGCAAAGCCUCGAAUACAUCAAGGAUCUUCCUCCUUCGCUUCGUGCGGUCGUCCGAGAGUGCUACAGUGCAGGGAUCCAAGCAGGCUUCGCAAUGUGCUUAGCAUUACUUGCAGUCUCCACACUGAGCGUCAUUUGGUGGCGGGAGAAGAAGCUUUCUAGGUGA